UGGUCUCUCGAAGGGGGCGUGACCAGGCUGGCGCCGCGCCCGCUCUGCCGCGUGCCCCGGGCGCGGGUCGGGUUUCGGCCGCUGUAACCGGAGGCUCCGGACACCCCCCGCAGCGCCCCCCGGGGCGCCCCGCUCCGACCCCCCCGGCCCGGGGGGGCUGCACCACCCGCUCCGCCCCGGGCCCCUCCGCGGGUCUGGCGGGUCUCACUCUCCCCUGGCCGCUCUCCUGUUCGGGGCCACGUUCCCCCCAGCGGCGGUGGCCUCGUCCUGGCGAGGGAGCGGGGCCGGGGCGAGCGCUGGGGCUGGGGGAUCCGGUUUCCCUCCCGUCCGGCCCCGGGGUGGGGAGAGGGAGCAGGGACCGUUGGCGAGCAGUAGGACAGGGUGGCGGGCAGCAUGUUCUUCCUCUUCCGUGGGCCCCAGCGCCAGGGCACCGGCAGCCCCGCGGCCCCCGCCUGCCGGGGCACCUCCCGCCCCCACGGCCCCAGCAAACGGGGUGGCCGCCGUCUCCGCUUGGCCCCGCAGCUCUGCAGGCACAGGGGUCCCAGCACCACCGGCACCCUGGGGAACCGGGGGCGGCCCCACCAAGGUGGUGCACGCCCCAUGGAGCAUCAGCGGGCCACCGAGGAGCCGGGGCCCCAGCCGCCCCCCGCUUUCGGGCAGGUAACCAGUGGUGGGGGUGAAGGCCGGGGUACAGCAGGGCUGGGGGACCCUGAGUGCCCCCGCAGGGAGAGGCUGGGGGCCGGGGAACAGCUGGGCGGCUCCCCACAUCUGGAGCAGAGCGGCCAAGCAGGGAAUAAUCCGGUGGAUUAUGUUUGUGCGCGGGCACAGUGCCCCCCCCCGCCUGCCCUGCAUAUCCUCAGAUAUUCCCUAAAAACCUCAAAUCCCCGGGCAGCCCCCGCCGCUCUCACACCGGCCUUGGCCCUGGCGGGGCGGCAGCCCCCAGCACUGUGCCAGCCGGCCCCCCCGGGGCCAGGCAUGCCCUGCGGUGUGGGGCGGCCCCCAGCCAUGGGCAACUGCACCAAGACCCCUGAGCGGAGGCUCCCCAAGGAUGGGAAGCCGCGCUCUGGUGCUCCGGUCCCUGGCACCGGCGACGCCGAGGACGUGGCGGAGGCGGCACAGUCCCCGCCGUUGCAGAAUUACUCGGUGCUGCAGGGGCUGGUGGGGCCAGCCUGCAUCUUCCUGCGGCAGAGCAUCGCCAUCACCCAGCUGGAUCGAGAGCUGCGGCCUGAAGAGAUCGAAGAGCUGAAACAGGCCUUCCGGGAGUUCGACAAGGACCGCGACGGGUACAUCAGCUACAAGGACCUGGGCGAGUGCAUGCGGACCAUGGGCUACAUGCCCACCGAGAUGGAGCUCAUCGAGCUGUCUCAGCAGAUCACCGGGGGCAAGGUGGAUUUUGACGACUUUGUGGAACUGAUGGGCCCCAAGAUGCUGGCGGAGACGGCGGACAUGAUUGGGAUCAAGGAGCUGCGUGACGCCUUCCGCGAGUUCGACACCAACGGGGACGGGCAGAUCAGCAUGGCAGAGCUGCGGGAGGCCAUGCGCAAGCUGCUGGGGCAGCAGCUCAACUACCGCGAGGUGGACGAGAUCCUCAAGGACGUGGAUCUCAACGGGGACGGCCUGGUGGACUUCGAAGAGUUUGUGCGGAUGAUGUCGCGCUGAGGACGGCGCGUGCCAACACGGGAGCCGAGCCCCGCCGUGCCUUACGAAGACGGGGGGUGCGGAGGAGACGCCGGGCUGUGGCGGGGGCCGUGCCGGGGCAGCGCGGCACCCGAGCCCGGGGCAGGGCCCUCGCUCCUGCGGUGCCAGCGGUGUCAGACCCGCCCCAGCCGCGCGCCCGCCCGGCUGCCGAGGCCCAACGGCGGCGUGGGGUAGCGGGGCCAGGCCACUUUCUGGUGCAGGUUUGGCUGGGCGUCGGCUGCUGUCACCUCUGCUCCAUCCUGCAGCGUCCCGGUCCCCUCUGGGCUCACCCCACCUGCUGUUCCCCGAAACUCCAGCUGGUUCAUCCUCCAGCCUCCGCUCCGACCCCCGUACCCAGCGCCGGGGCAGGGAAUAAAUCCUCCUCCAUGCCUCACCUGGGGGUGUCUGAACAAACAUGUUAACUUUUUCAGGCUUUACCCUUUUGCAAUGAAAAACUCUCUCUACAGACUUUUGCUUGUCAUGUUGCAUUUAAAUAGAAUUUGCUCGUGACCGUUCCCUCCACGGUUGAGAAGCAGAGAAAUAAACGUAACAGCAGAGUCA